UCGAUUCAAACAUAGUCGAUAAAUUUUCAUUUUCUUCAUCUGGAACUUCUAGAAAUGUAUUGUGGAAAUGACUAGGAGAGGUAGUACACGUAAGAAGCGUACAUUUAGUGAACUGGAUGAUUCACAGAAGUCAAUCGAAUCAUUUUUUUUGCGUGAAAAGGACCGCAAAAAUAUAAACGAAUCACAGCAUAAAUUGCGUUCUGGUGAAAGUCCCGGUAAGAUAUCACCUAGGAAAAAACAGACACUUCUUGUGCCUUUUGAUAAAACCAGUUAUCCGAAUUCUUUCAAAAUAACGAAGAUGGAUUGUAAGAAAUCUGAACUGUCUUUGAGCCACAAAAGGUCAAAAUACAGAAAUUAUGAUAAUGUUAUGUCAAGUGCAAAUGAUAUUAUCGAUGUAACUCGAACAGAAACAUUAGGGGACAUUUCCAGCUGCGAGGAAAGGGACUUGGAACUAGUAGCUAUUGAAUGUUGUGAGAAGGCAGAGUCUAUGGCUAUGAGCCAGGAAAAUUUGAAACAUAGGGAUGACCACAUCAACUCAAAUCCAAAUCAUGAUACCAACUUUAUAUCCCAGGUUUCUAAUAGUGCAGAGCUUGACGAAACAGAACAUGAUGCUGAGAUCAUUGAAUGCUGCGAGAAAGCAGAGCUGUCUUUUAGUCAAGAAAAGUUAAAACAAAAAAACACAAAAAGUUCUAAAAACUCUAGCUGCCAUUCCCCCAAUAUGUUUGGUCUUUUUGGUAUAUCAAGCUCUGAUGAAGAAGAAUUAGGGUUAUGUUUUGAUGAAGAAAUGCAAAAUUAUCAAUUGAAAUCAUACUUCGAUAAACUGCCAGAUGAAAUUUUAGAGAACAUAUUCUGUCAACUACCAUUGGUUGACUUGUUAAUGAAUUUAUCUCUUGUUUGCAAGAGGUGGCAUAGAAUUAUUUCCUGUGAAAAAUUUUUACUUUGGAAGAAGAGAUAUUACCGCUACAAACAAUUUUUUGAAAGCAGAGAAGAAAUAGAUAAAAUAAUCAUUCAAGAGCAACUACAUGUUCCCCAAGUAUUUCCAACUAACUUGUGCAGAUUUUUGACAAGGUUUCGUGUUGUUCGUGAAGAUCAUUCAAAUCUGUUGGAUAUGUUACGCUUACAUACAAAGUACCAUCUCAUUGAAAAAUUUAUUUUGGAUGAUAAGCAGGCUGAUUGCUGUUGGUCUGUUGUUGGUUUGCUAUCACUGGUGUCUAACUCGGUAUAUGACAUUCAAGAAAUUAUAGCAUGUCAAUUAAAGUCAUCCACUUGUCUCUUGUAUGAUAUUCUGGAAUGCCUUCAUUGCCUUGCUUUAAUUUUCUUUGUUUUAAUGGAAAAGCAGCCAGAUUAUUUUUGCAGUCACCAUUACCGAAUCUACUAUGCACUUUAUCUUCAUGAAAACACUUCCAACUGCACACAGACAUCAUUACAAUCUGCAUACAGUGCCAAUAAAUCUGGACAACAAUGUAUCCUGAAAUACAGAGAGUCGUCUGAUAAGACUUGGUUGACGCACGAGCAAGUUCGUAUUAUGAAUCACAACACGAAAUAUGGAGAUGUUUUGAAGAUUGUGGCGUUUGCUGGCACGGGAAAAACUACAACACUUGUUGAGUAUACCAAGCUUCGUCCAAGUUGGAACUUUUUAAAUGUCGCUUACAACAAAUCCGUGCAAGAGCAAGCUGUCAGGAAAUUUCCUCAAAAUGUGGAAUCGCGCACGGUUCACUCUCUGGCGUACCGAGCUGUGGGUUACAAAUUUCGUGGAAAAAUGGCCUCUAGUCUUCGUGUAAACAACAUAAUGGAUAGCCUUGGCGACAAAAGCUCGAAUUUUCUUCACGCUAAACGGAUAGUCGACACGCUCACAAACUUCAUAUGCUCUUAUGAUGAACUUGUGAGUUCAGAGCAUGUACCAUACAAAGAUAUUAGUUCACAAGAAAGUGAUGGAGAUCGGAAAAAGCUGGAAUAUUUUAAUAGUGAUGAAUACAAAAAGAUUGUUGUGCGCGACUGCAAAGAAAUAUGGGAGAGAAUGUCUGAUCCCGCAAACCGUGAUGUAAGGAUUACUCACGAUGGAUAUUUGAAAUUAUAUCAAUUGUCUAAACCGGCUCUAGAUGAUUACGACUGCAUUUUAGUGGACGAAGCACAGGAUUGCACCCCAGCUGUCGCUGAUAUUUUACUCAGUCAAAAAGUUGCCAAGAUUCUUGUUGGUGAUCCACAUCAACAGAUAUAUGGUUUCCGAGGAGCAACAAAUUCCAUGUCUCAGGUUGAGGCAACUCAUGUUUAUUACCUAACACAGUCUUUUAGGUUUGGUUCAGAGAUUGCUUCAGUAGCUUCCUCUUUGUUGGAUAUUUUAAAAGGUGUACGCAGCAAGAAUAUUGUCGGAGUUUCCAAACCAGGUAGCUUUCAUGGUGAACACGUUGGUCAAAUUGCCAUAAUUUGUCGUACCAACUUUUCAUUGUUCAACAAUGCAGUCCUUGUAUGUACAAGAAACAACAAAACAAGAAUUAGCUUUGCAGGGGGUAUCCAAGGUUAUAACCUGGAACGUAUUCUUGAUAUCCAUAUCCUGUAUAGUGGAGCUGCGAGAGACGGGAUAAAGGACAGGUUUAUUCAAAGAUUUCGUUCUUUUGUCGAAUUAAAAAACUAUGCUCGUAAAGCCCCCGAUGUUGAGUUGGCCGGUAAAAUCAAGAUUGUGGAAACACACCACAUAAAUAUUCCAAAUUACGUGGCCAGAAUUAAAAACCAGUACUGCAAAGAUAUUGACCAAGCAGAGAUCGUGUUUAGCACAGCCCACAAGUCAAAAGGUUUGGAGUUUGAUACUGUGAGAAUAGGGGAGGACUUUCUACAAGAUUUGCCAAUAGAUGAACUAAGUGGUGCUUCAACUGAUGAAAAGAAUCUACUUUACGUGGCCGUCACUCGUGCAAAAUUUCGUCUACAAUGUUCAACGUUGUUAUGCAACAUUUUGUCUCUAAGAACGGAUUUACUUGUAUCAUGCGAGGUUCUCCAAAAUGUACCGGAUAUUGAAUCGGAAACGUACUGCGCUGAGUGUAAGGAGUUGUGUGAUUUCACUGGGUCAUUUGUGAUCAUGAGACGUGCUCAGGUUUUUGUGGGGUCGUCGCAGAAGAUAGACGGCGGUAUCCUUUGUUGUAAUUGUGUAUUAAAACGUGUUCCUUUUAUGGGAAAUCUCUUAAUAAGAAGACAAGAAAACUAGAUAGUGCGAUCCUAAACCUAAACGUGGAAACUAUAAUAUUGUUAGCGUUCUUUUUAAUGCAGGCAAUAAGUUAUUUUUAAAAUUUUAAGUCUUUCGCAGUCAAAAUAAAUUCAUUAGUUGCAGUUUAAAACGUUUCUCACAAAUUACAAAAAUCAUGCAGAAAAUUUAGAGAGAAUCAUGACAUUAGCACCUGCAUCUCUGCUUUAUCAAAUAUACACCUGCGUUUGCUGCUUGCACAACCCAUUUGAUUUACUAAAUUGACACUCGACUCGCUGUCAUGCAGUGAAGGCGUUUAUUCAAACGCUUAACCCGCUAUGAAACGAAAACGUUGCUUUACAUGAUCUAUGGAAAUUUGUAAAUGUGUCUAUUCACCUUGUAUAUAGAUUAUUUUUGUCAAUAUUUUGUACUUUUGUGUAAUAUUAAAUAGAAAUUCUG